AUGAACAAGGGUGUGGCCUACGUCAACGGCUUCAAUCUGGGCCGAUACUGGCUGCGACGAGGGGAGUGCAAGGGCGCGUGCGCGCCGCCCGUCAAGCAUGGCCACUGCUACAUGCGCUGGAAGGCAUGCGGGCGGCCCACGCAGACUCUGUACCACGUGCCGACCGAGGUGCUCGCGCCCGUGCGUAACCUCGUAGUCCUCUUUGAAGAGACGGUGGGCACGGCAACACCGCGAGACCUCGCGGGCGUGUCCCUCGUGGCACUGCACGAACAUCCUGCAACCGACUGA